AUGAUUAGUUGGGCAGCGAGGCACACGCCGUUACGUUCUCCUGUGAGACUGAGGCGACGAACAAAACGUGGUAACGAAGAAGGCGAUCAGCAAGAUUUUAGAAAACGAAAUCGUCUGGCAAAACAUGAUUGUCGUUAUUUAGUAGCCAGUAGUGACGCUGGUUCAAUAAUCGGACGUGGUGGCCAUACUAUACAAAGUCUUCGUGGUAAACACAAAACGAUCAUACAAGUGCCCGAUUGUGAUGGUCCGGAGCGUAUUUUAACAAUUAGUGGCGAAACAGAUGCUGUAUUAGACGCAUUAAAAGACGUCUUACCGAUAAUGGCUGAAAAUCAAAGAGCUCGAAAAGAUCAGUGUGAAUUACGAGCACUUAUUCAUCAAAGUCAAGCGGGCGCAGUCAUUGGAAAGGGUGGAGACAGAGUUAAAGAAUUAAGGUGGGUUAUUGAAGUGUAUAGUAUUUUGGAUCAAACCCCUAUCCGAGGGCCACUCCGUCUGUAUGAUCCGUUUACAUAUGAUGGUUAUAAUGUUGAAGAGUAUGGUGCAGCUGGAAGUCGCGCCAGACAAGAAUAUGAAGGCGAUAGUCGAGGAGGAAAUUAUAAUCAACAAAGUCACUAUAGUGGAAAUAAUGUAAACGAACAAGGUAAUUACGGUGGUGGCUAUAGCAAUAUGGCUAGCGGUAGUCAAAAUCAAGGUUCUGAUAGAGAACCAAUGACAACACAAGUAACGCUUUCUAAUGAUUUAUGUGGCGCAAUUAUUGGUCCGAGAGGCACAAGAAUUUCACAAAUACGACAACAGUCAGGAGCUGGAAUUCGCAUUGAUGAUCCACUAGAAACAAAUGAUCGUAUCAUCACAAUAAACGGUACAAAACAACAGAUAACACAUGCCCAAUAUUUGUUACAAAUGGCCGUUAAACAGUCAGGUCUUUAUAAUGGUUAG